GCCACCGACGCAUAUCUUCAGGGUCAAGCUGCAGUUCCAAGACUUUCUGCCACGCUCUGAGACCUGGGGAAGCUCCCGUCUCCAGUCCAAUUGAGAAACUCGCCUACCCGGCUGCGCUCGUCUCGAAACCUCGUCAAUAAUUCAACGGUCCGCCCUCAUACAUUCAGUACCUGCAUACCAACCAUUGGGACGCAGUUGAGCUCACGGAUACCGCCGGCUCGAGCAACACCACCUUAUCGCAGGAGUCGCCAUCCUCAUCGCUCACCAAACCGCCUACCGGACAGGGCCAGGAGUCAACACUUCUCUCUCCGAAAAAUCUCUGGCUGCCGUUCCUGCUCCCGACACCUACCAUCCACUUCCACUCCAUCACACCGAGACCUUGAUCCAUUACACUGCACGGCACUUGGCCAUUGGCCCAAACAUCACUGCGCGCGCCGAUUGAUGCAUACGCUCUUUUCCUUUUAGUUGACACACUCCCCUUCCUGCAAUCGCGCUGCUCAACGCACCACAGCAAGUAUGAGACCCGAAGUCGAGCAGGACCUUGCUCAUACGCUUCUGGUCGAGCUUCUGGCAUAUCAGUUCGCCUCUCCCGUGAGAUGGAUCGAGACACAAGAUGUCAUUCUGGGCGAGAAGGAGACGGAGCGGAUUGUGGAGAUCGGGCCAGCAGACACUCUCGGUGGUAUGGCCAAGCGAACACUGGCAGCAAAGUAUGAGGCAUAUGAUGCAGCACGAUCGGUGCAGAGGCAGAUCCUGUGCUACAACAAGGACGCAAAGGACAUCUACUAUGACGUUGACCCGGUGGAAGAGGAGGCUGCUGCCCCAGCACCCUCUGGCAGUGCCAGUGCUCCCGCAGCAUCUUCAGCAGCUCCCACAGCAGCAGCAGCACCAGCACCAGCGGCCGCCGCUCCGCCUCCACCGGCUGCAGGUGCGGGACCUGCAGCAGCAGUAGCAGAUGCGCCAGUUGGAGCAGUUGACAUCUUGCGCGCACUGGUAGCUCAGAAGUUGAAGAAGCCACUCCAGGACAUACCAUUGAGCAAGGCCAUCAAAGACUUGGUCGGAGGCAAAUCUACCCUCCAGAAUGAGAUUCUAGGUGAUCUUGGUAAGGAAUUCGGCUCGACACCAGAGAAGCCCGAAGACACACCUCUCGACGAGCUCGGAGCUGCCAUGCAAGCAACCUUUAACGGCCAGCUUGGAAAGCAGUCAUCAUCCCUCAUCGCACGCAUGGUAUCCUCGAAGAUGCCUGGAGGCUUCAACAUCACAGCUGUGCGCAAGCACCUAGAAACGAGAUGGGGCUUGGGCUCGGGACGACAAGAUGGUGUCCUUAUACUUGGUCUCACAUCAGAACCUCCAGCACGUCUCGGAUCGGAAAAUGAUGCGAAGGCAUGGCUGGACGAUCUCGCCAACAAAUACGCGACUCAGGCCGGGAUCAGCUUGGCCACGGCUCCGGCUGGCGGAGAUGCUGGCGGCGGCGGCGGCGGUAUGAUGAUGGAUCCUGCAGCCAUCGAUGCACUUACCAAGGACCAGCGCGCGUUGUUCAAGCAGCAACUCGAGCUCUUCGCCCGCUACCUUAAGAUGGACCUCCGCGCCGGCGACAAAGCAGCAUUGGUCACUAAGCAAAACGAAACGGCUCUCCAAGCACAGCUCGAUCUAUGGAAUACAGAACACGGCGAGUUCUACGCUGCCGGCAUCGAGCCGAGCUUCAGUCCCCUCAAAGCCCGUGUAUACGAUUCCUCGUGGAACUGGGCAAGACAGGAUGCUCUGAAGAUGUAUUACGACAUCAUCUUUGGUCGCCUUACCGCUGUGGAUCGUGAAAUUGUUUCAAGGUGUAUCCUCAUCAUGAACCGGUCGAAUCCCUCCCUCCUUGAAUUUAUGCAGUACCACAUCGAUCACUGCCCGACCGAACGCGGCGAAACAUAUCAGCUGGCGAAAGAGCUUGGAGCGCAACUCAUCGACAACUGCCGCGACGUGCUUGGAGAAGCACCAGUCUACAAAGACGUGAGCGUUCCCACGGCGCCGCAUCUCGACAUCAGCCCACGUGGCGACAUGAACUAUGCCGAGAUUCCCCGUGGGAGCAUUCGUAAGCUCGAGCACUAUGUACAAGAAAUGGCCGACGGAGGCAAGAUAUCAGAGUACGGCAACCGGACAAAGGUUCAGAACGACUUGCAGCGCGUCUAUCGCUUGAUCAGGCAACAGCACAAGCUCUCAAAAUCAUCGCAACUCGAGAUCAAGCAACUGUACACUAAUAUUGUGCGGUCGUUGUCCAUGAAUGAGGGCCAGAUUAUGCCCAAUGAGAAUGGCAAGAUCAAUGGCCACAUCGCCAAGGGUCGUCACGGUCGCUUGAACGGUGCUAUCAACCCGAGCAAGCAGGGCAAGAUCGAGACCGUCCCUUUCCUGCACCUGAAGCGCAAGGAGGAGCAUGGAUGGGAGUACAGCAAGAAACUCACGGGAGUCUAUCUCGAAGGGCUUGAGCAGGCUGCCAAGUCUGGCGUUACAUUCCAGAACAAAAACGUGCUCAUGACUGGUGCAGGAGCAGGCUCCAUCGGCGCAGAGGUUCUUCAGGGCCUCGUCAGUGGUGGUGCAAAGGUUGUAGUCACCACUUCUCGCUACUCCCGCGAGGUCACCGAGUACUACCAGUCCAUGUACGCACGCUACGGUGCUCGCGGCUCUCAACUCGUGGUUGUACCUUUCAACCAAGGAAGCAACCAGGACGUCAAUGCUCUUAUCGAGUACAUCUACGAUGAGAAGAAGGGUCUUGGCUGGGAUCUUGACUUCAUUGUGCCAUUUGCUGCCAUUCCCGAAAAUGGUCGCGAGAUUGACAACAUCGACAGCAAGUCCGAGCUAGCUCACCGGAUCAUGCUUACGAACUUGCUGCGUAUGCUUGGCGCGGUCAAGGCCCAGAAGGCGACCCGUGGGUUCGAAACUCGGCCAGCUCAAGUCAUCCUGCCAUUGUCACCAAACCAUGGCACCUUCGGCAACGACGGUCUUUACUCUGAAUCGAAGCUGGCACUGGAAACGCUGUUCAACCGAUGGCAUUCCGAGAGCUGGGGCAACUUCCUGACCAUCUGCGGUGCGGUGAUUGGCUGGACCCGCGGUACUGGACUCAUGGGUGGUAACAACGUCGUCGCCGAGGGUGUCGAGCGAUAUGGAGUGCGCACCUUCUCGCAACAGGAGAUGGCAUUCAAUUUGCUCGGGCUCAUGUCGCCUGCCAUUGUCAACCUCUGUCAAACGGAGCCUGUCUUCGCUGAUCUCAACGGUGGACUCCAGUUCCUGCCAAAUCUCAAGGAUCUCAUGACUCGCCUGCGCAAGGACAUAACAGAAACUGCCGAGAUCCGCAAGGCAGUCACGCGCGAAACUGCUGUUGAGAACAAGAUCGUCAAUGGAGAGGACAGUGAAGCCUUGUACAAGACAGUAAAAGUCGAGAAGCGCGCCAACUUGAAGUUCGACUUUCCCAAGCUUCCUGAUUGGAAGGAGGAGGUGGAGCCGCUCAAUGCAGACCUCAAGGGUAUGGUUGAUCUCGAGAAGGUUGUCGUUGUCACUGGAUUCGCUGAAGUUGGACCAUGGGGUAAUUCACGUACCCGCUGGGAGAUGGAAGCUUACGGCCAAUUUUCUCUCGAGGGUUGUGUCGAGAUGGCUUGGAUCAUGGGGUUGAUCAAGAACUUCAAUGGCUCAAUGAAAGGCAAGAGCUAUUCCGGCUGGGUGGAUGCCAAGUCUGGAGAGCCCGUCGACGACAAGGACAUCAAGGCGAAGUACGAGAAACACAUCCUCGACCACGCCGGUAUCCGCCUCAUUGAACCUGAGCUUUUCAACGGCUACGACCCGAACAAGAAACAGCUGAUGCAGGAGAUCCAAAUCGAAGAGGACCUUGAUCCUUUCGAGUCAUCGAAGGAGACCGCGGAGGAGUUCAAGCGCGAGCAUGGCGACAAGGUCGAAGUGUUUGAGCUGGAGUCUGGUGAAUUCCAAGUACGUCUGAAGAAAGGAGCGACGCUCCUCAUUCCAAAGGCACUCCGUUUCGAUCGUCUUGUUGCUGGGCAAGUGCCAACUGGCUGGGACGCGAAGAAGUACGGUGUUCCAGACGACAUCAUCUCCCAAGUUGACCCGGUCACGCUCUACGUGCUGGUUUCUACCGCCGAAGCCCUGCUCUCAUCUGGUAUCACCGAUCCAUACGAGUUCUACAAGUAUGUGCACAUUUCAGAAGUUGGUAACUGCAUAGGUUCCGGUAUUGGUGGUACUACCGCCCUGCGUGGAAUGUACAAGGACCGCUUCCUGGACAAACCUCUGCAGAAGGAUAUUCUGCAAGAGUCUUUCAUUAACACCAUGAGCGCGUGGAUCAACAUGUUACUCAUGUCUUCUACUGGUCCAAUCAGGACACCCGUAGGAGCUUGUGCUACUGCUGUUGAGUCUAUUGACAUUGGUUACGAUUGCAUCGUCGAAGGCAAAGCUCGUAUGUGCUUUGUCGGUGGUUUCGAUGACUUCCAAGAGGAGGGCUCGUACGAGUUUGCCAACAUGGGUGCUACAAGCAACGCGCGCGAUGAGUUUGCCCACGGCCGCACUCCUAAGGAGAUGUCUCGUCCUACUACCACUACUCGCAAUGGCUUCAUGGAGUCGCAAGGUUGUGGUAUGCAAGUCAUCAUGGAUGCUAAGCUGGCACUUGACAUGGGAGUGCCGAUUUACGGUGUUCUCGGCUACACCGCUACUGCCACUGACAAAAUUGGCCGCUCUGUUCCAGCACCUGGCCAAGGUGUCCUCACUGGAGCUCGUGAGCAAACGACGAAGUUCCCAUCUCCACUACUGGACAUCAAGUACCGCAAGAGGCAAUUGGAUCUGCGCAAAAGGCAGAUCAAGAAUUGGCAAGAGUCCGAACUCUUGUACCUUGAAGAAGAAGUCAACGCCAUGAAGCAGCAGGGCGCACAGUUCAACGAGACCGAAUAUAUGGAGGAUCGGGCUCACCACAUCGAGCGUGAGGCCAGACGCCAGGAGAAGGAGGCCCUGCAAAGCCUGGGCAACAACUUCUGGAAGCAAGAUCCUCGCAUCGCGCCAAUCCGGGGUGCGCUCGCGACAUGGGGCCUGACGAUUGACGACCUUGAUGUUGCUUCCUUCCACGGAACAUCGACUGUAGCCAACGACAAGAACGAAUCCGAUGUCAUCUGCCAGCAGAUGAAGCAUCUUGGUCGUCAAAAGGGCAAUGCACUUUUGGGUAUCUUCCAGAAGUAUCUGACCGGUCACCCUAAGGGUGCUGCUGGUGCCUGGAUGUUCAACGGAUGUCUGCAGGUAUUGAACUCCGGUCUUGUACCGGGUAACAGGAACGCCGACAAUGUUGACAAGGUCAUGGAGAAGUUCGACUACAUCGUCUAUCCUAGCCAGAGCAUCCAGACAGACGGGAUCAAGGCAUUCUCCGUCACUUCCUUUGGCUUUGGUCAAAAAGGUGCUCAAGCGAUUGGUAUUCACCCCAAGUACCUUUUCGCCACUCUUGAUCAAACUCAGUUCCAGACCUACAAGCAGAAGGUCGAUGCCCGCCAAAAGAGAGCUUACCGGUACUUCCACGAUGGUCUCAUCAACAACACCAUGUUCCGCGCCAAGAACAAGUCACCUUAUGAGGACGCUCAGCAGAGCAAGGUCUUCCUGGACCCAACUGUUCGCGUGUCGGUCGACAAGAAGACCAACGAGCUCACGUAUGCCAAGACUGCGCCUAAGAAGGUGCAGGAUAAGAAUACGACUGAGAUGGUUGAGACGCUGAUGAAGGUCAACGCUGCUCAAAACUCCAAUCCUGGUGUUGACAUUGAGCAAAUCAAUGCCAUCGACAUCUCCAAUGACACAUUUAUCGAGCGUAACUUUACUGCGGCAGAGAUCGCUUACUGCCGCAAGGCGCCCAACCCACAGGCAUCCUUUGUUGGCAAGUGGAGUGCCAAAGAGGCUGUGUUCAAGAGCUUCAAGGUGGCCAGCCGUGGUGGUGGUGCACCUAUGAAGGACAUUGAGAUUGUUAAUGAUGAGAAUGGUGCGCCGUCCGUACGACUUCACGGAGAUGCGCAGGCAGCAGCAAAGCAGGCAGGGGUCAAGUCAACAACUGUGUCGAUCAGCCACAGCGAUGUACAAGUCAUUGCUGUCGCCAUCUCGGCCGUUUGAGCGAUAGAGAUGCGGGCGCAUGUGUGAAUCAAGCGAUACCAGAGUUCAUGUAUUAUUUAUUGUACAGAGCCAGUAGAAGUAGAGUUUUCAUAGUCAGGUUUCUGUGUUUUUGGUCACUGGCUAGAUUAUGGACCUUGCAAGGAGUUGUACCAGCGGCCUACCUACAUACAUGUAUUCUCAAUGCAAAGAAUCUUUUCUGC